AUGGCCCGCACUGUCCUGAUCACGGGCUGUUCUGACGGCGGCCUCGGCGCCUCCCUCGCCCUCGCCUUCCACGCAGCCGGUCUAAAGGUCUACGCCACGGCUCGCAACCCCUCCAAGCUAGGCCAGGUUGCAUCCGCCGGCAUCGAGACUCUCACGCUGGAUGUGCUAUCUAGUGAGUCGAUCAAGCACGCCGUGACCAAGCUUCCCAAUCUCGACAUUUUGGUCAACAAUGCCGGCGCCGAGUAUCUGAUGCCGGUAACUGACGUGGACAUCGCCGACGCUAAACGCUUAUUCGAUUUGAACGUCUGGAGUUACAUCGAGGUAACGCAGGCGUUCUUGCCUCUGCUGUUGAAAAGUCCCUAUGGCGGGUUGAUCGUCAACCAUUCAUCUGUGAGCUCUGUUGCCGUACUGCCAUUCCAGGGAGUGUACACGGCAUCCAAGGCCGCUAUUGCCAAGUUGUCUGACACUCUGCGACUCGAGCUGAGUGUUUUGGGGAUCGAUGUUGUCGACUUGAAGACUGGUGUGGUGCGUUCCAAUCUGAUCAAGAAUCAAAAGGAGGCAAAGCCGCCUAAACUUCCGGAGAACUCGAUUUAUUAUCCGGCACGCGAGGUAGUAGAGAAGGCGUUGAGCCAGGAUGCUUUUGCUGAGGGCGGGAUGCCGACUCUGCAGUGGGCCACGGCUGUGGUGGGUGAUUUGUUGAAGAAGAAGCCACCCCCAGUAAUCUGGAGGGGAGAGCAGGCUUGGGUUGCAAGGUUGAUUGGUGUUCUGCCAUUUGGAACAUUUGAUUCGAUGCUCAAGAAGUUGACAGGGUUGGAUGUCGUGGAGAAGAUUAUGAAGGUUGGAGCCGGAGCAUGA